UUUCUUCUAAUAAUGGAUUAUGAUCAUGAAAUUUACGAUAUGUAUUCUGAUGAAGAGGAGGAAGAUAUCAGCAUUGAUGAAUCCAUAGUCUCUCAUAAACAAAAAAAUUACAAAAUUUUGAAGGAUUCCGAUAUUCGUCAACUUGUGAAAGAAGAUAUCUCGAAAAUUUCAACGAUUCUGUCGAUCCCAGAAGACGUUUCGUUAGCACUUCUUCGUCGUUAUAAUUGGAAAAUCGAUCGAGCCAAUGAAGAAUGGUUUGCUAACGAACAAGAAGUUCGUAAAUCUAUAGGUAUGUUAUUUGACAACAAUAUUAACUAUGUCCCAAAGACGAAAAAAGCAAAUAACAACAUUCUUGUGACUUGUGGGAUAUGUUUUGAGGAAUAUUAUUCUAUGGAUGAUAACAUUGUUUUUGCUACUUGUAAUAAACAUCCUUUUUGUAAGGUAUGUUGGGAAUGUUACAUUAGCGUAUCAAUUAAUGAUGGUGGUCCUAAUAAAUGUCUCGUUUUACGUUGUCCUGAUCCAUCGUGUGAAGCUAUGGUAGGUGAAAGUAUGAUUGUUGAAUUAGCUUUGGAGAAAGAUAAAUUGAAGUAUUAUGAUUAUUUGUUUCGAUCUUAUAUCGAGGAAAACAAGAAGAUCAAGUGGUGUCCUUCCCCGGGAUGUGAAUGUGCUAUUGAAUUUGAGGUAGGGAGCGAAAAUUACAGUGUGAUUUGUGAUUGUUCUAAUGGUUUUUGUUGGAAUUGUUUGGAGGAAAUUCAUCGUCCGAUUGAUUGUGAUAUGAUAGCUAAGUGGAAGAGUAUAAAUCAAGAAGAAUCCUCGAAUACGAAUUGGAUUUUAGCUUUCACUAAAAAAUGUCCUAAUUGUGACAAAUCAAUUGAGAAAAAUAUGGGAUGUAUGCAUAUGACUUGUAGGUGUGGACAUGAAUUUUGUUGGCUUUGUUUUACAAAAUGGGGUACUUGUUUUGGUAGGUGUAAUAGGUAUGAGGAGAAAAAAGAAAUAACAGAAGCUAGAAAGAAUAUUCAAAGGUAUACACAUUAUUUUGAGAGAUGGUUAUCGAAUGGGAAAUCAAAAGAAAAGGCUUUAAAUGAUUUGAAAAAAAUGAAAGAUGAAGGAUUGAAGCAAUUUCGUGAUAAUCAUUCUAUACUUGAGAAAGAAUUGGAAUUUAUUAUUGAAGCUUGGGAACAAAUUGUUGAAUGUAGGAGGGUAUUGAAAUGGACAUAUGCUUAUGGAUUUUUUUUACCAAAAGAGGAGGUGGCGAAAACACGAUUUUUCCAGUACUUACAAGGGGAAGCACAGGCAGGUUUAGAGAGACUUCAUCAUUGCGCGGAGAAAGAAUUGAUGGAUCAUCUUGGUUCAAAUAAGGUGUUGGAUUAUACAGAGGAAGGCUCUUAUAAGAAAUUCGCGAAUUUUCGUUCCAAAGUUAUUGAUCUGACUAAAAUUACUGGAAAUUAUUUUGAAAAGUUGGUCAUGGCACUAGAAAAUGGACUCAAAGAUGUGAAUAAUUCUUCAACAAGAAAUUUUUGAAUAAAGAUGUUCAUACAGUUUGUCAAAUGUGCAGUGGUCAUUGAAGCAAGUUUAAUUCAUUGAAUUAGAACUUUUUUUUAUUUUAUUUAUUGUUUUGGCUUAGCAAUAGCAAGUUGGAUGACAAUGAUUGUAGAUUUUAUUUAAAUUAAAGUUGAUUUUAUCUAAGUUUCUUGUGGUGCAGAAUUUGUUUUUGUUUUCAGUUAUGAUGUUUAUGUCAAAUUUAUGUCUCAUCAAAAUUUGAUCUUGAGUCGAGAGCUAUAAGAAACAACUUUUUUA